GGAGGGGUGGUGCUGCGGCCGGCGAGUCUGAGCUUCUGUGCCCGCGCCAAGGCUCCAAACCCAGUCUCAGUUUUUGUUGGCUCUGAACUCCACUGACCGCAGGAGCUGUAGGGAGGACGCCAGAGACUCCUCCCAAGUCGGAAAAUGGACUCAGUGGCUUUUCAGGAUGUGGCUGUGGACUUCACCCAGGCAGAGUGGGCUUUGUUGGAUCCUUCCCAGAAGAAUCUCUACAGAGAUGUGAUGCGGGAAACUUUCAGAAACCUGGCUUCUAUAGGAAACAAGUGGAAAAACCAGAACAUUGAAGACCAGUUUAAAAUUCCAGGGAGAAAUUUAAGAAGUUAUGUAGUAGAGAGACCCUGUGAAAGUGAAGAAGGUGGUCAGUGUGGUGAAACCUUCACCCAGGCUCUAAAUCUUAAUCAGAGCAAGAAAAUUCCUGCUGGAGUAAAACCAUGUAAAUGCAGUGUGUGUGGAAAAGUUUUCCUAUGUCUUUCAUCUCUCAAGAGGCAUCUGAAAUCUCACUCCAGAUACAAGGCACUUGAGUGUGAGGAAUAUGGAGAGAAGCCACAUAAAUGUGAACAGUGUGGGAAAACCUUCAUUUCUCUCAGAAGUGUUGGAAGACAUAUGGUGACCCACAGGAUAAAAGGCUCUUAUACUUGUGAGUUAUGUUUGAAAGUCUUUGAUUCCCCCAGUUCAUUUCAAAUACAUCAACAAACUCACACUGGAGCCAAACCCUCUGACAGCAAGCAGUGUGGGAAGACCUUUCUUUGUUCUAGUUCAUUUCAACUACCUGGCAGAAUUCACACUGUAAAAAAAUCUUAUGAAUGCAAACAGUGUGGCAAAACCCUCAGUUCUUCCUGUUCCCUUCGAAGGCAUGAAAGAAGUCAUAAUGGAGAAAAACCCUAUGAGUGUAAACAGUGUGGUAAGGCCUUCACACGUCAUGGUUACUUUCGAGAACAUGAAAGAAUUCAUACUGAAGCAAAAACCUAUGAAUGCAAACAGUGUGGUAAAGCUCUCAGUUCUUCCAAUUCCCUUCGAAUCCAUGAGAGAACUCACACUGGAGAAAAACCCUAUGAGUGUAAACAAUGCGGGGAAGCUUUCAGAUGGCACAGUGACCUUCGAAAACACGUGCGAUUUCAUAUUGAAGAAAAUCCCUUUGAAUGUAAAAAAUGUGGCAAAGCACUAAGUUCUCCCAAUUCCCUUCGAAUACAUGAAAGAACUCACACAGGAGAAAAGCCCUAUGAGUGUAAACAGUGUGGAAAAGUCUUCCGAUUUCAGACUUCCCUUAUAAGGCACGAAAGAGCGCAUGCUGGAGACAAAUCCUAUGAGUGUAUACAGUGUGGCAAAACUCUCAGUUGUUCAAAUUCCCUUCAAGUUCAUGAAAGAAUUCAUAAUAAAGCACGACCCUAUCAGUGUAAGCAGUGCGGCGAAGCCUUCAGAUUUCAUGUGGCUCUUAAAAUGCAUGAAAGAACCCACGCUGGAUAUAAACCUUACGACUGUCAACAAUGUGGUAAAGCCUUCAGAUGCCGCGGCUAUCUUCGAAAACACGAAAGGAUUCACACUGAAGUCAAUCCCUAUGAAUGUAAACAGUGCGGCAAGGUGCUCAGCUGUCCCAGUUCCCUGCGAUAUCAUGAGAGGGCUCACACAGGAGAAAAACCCUCUGUGUGUAAACAAUGUGGUAAGAGGCUCAGUUGUUCCAGUGCCCUCCAAAAACACAAAAGAAUUCACACUGACGAAAAACCCUGUGAAUGUCAACAGCAUAGAAAACCCUUCAGAUUUUCCGUUCGUCUUCAGAUGUGUGAAAGAAUUCAUGGAGGGGAAUACUAGGAUGAUAAAAACUUGUGGUGAAGGCAUCAGUUUUUUCAGAUCUUUUUGAAUACAUGGCAAGACUCACACUGGAGAAUAGCCUUAUGAAUGUAUGAAAUUUGUUAAAGCCAUCAUUUGUUCCAGUUCCAUUUGAAGAUAACAAAAAAAAAAAAUGCAUUCAGCAGAAAAUCUCUAAAGGGCUGGUGGCUGUACCUUCAAAGGCCCAUAAUGCACACUGAAGAUAGAUGUUAUACAUAUCAGACUCCAGUAGUUUGGAAAAUAAAGGAAAGCUUUUGAUUUUUAUGAUUGCUUUAAAAGUCAAUGGGAAAACUCCCAUUUGAAAGAAAUCUCAUAAAUGUAGGUGAUAUUGAAAUCUUAAUGCAAAUUAAUUAUUACAUAAUGUUCAGUUUCUCUACAUGAACAAAAUUUACAUAAAUUAUGAAUAUAAUAUGUUUAUCAGUGGCUCAUAGUUAAAAGUUCUCUGGUUUGCAUAUUUCCAUUUCUUUGUAAGGAUACAUAAAGGUGAGGAUUCUAUAGGUGUAGUUGUGUCAGUUAACAAAGGGAUAAAUUCAGAGAAAUGCCUCGUUAGGCAAUCUAAUUGCUGUGUGAAGAUAAUAAAGUGUACUUAGACCAAUCUUAGAUGGUAUAGUGAACUACCAACAGACUUAGGCUAAAUGCUGUUGCCUGUUUCUUUUGGGCUCCAAACCUGUACAUUAUUGUAUUUAGUACUGUAGGCAACAGUAACACAAUGAUAAGUAUUUGUGUAUCUAAACACACUGAAAAAUAGAAAAGCUACAGUAAGGAUAUAGUAUAAAAGAUCAGGGUAGGGUGGCCCGUGAUUGUAAUCCCAGCUGCUUGUGAAGCUGAGGCAGGAGGAUCACAGUUCAAGGUCAACCUGGGUAGUUUCUUGAGAUCCUGUAUCAAAGUGAAAAAUGAAAAGGUCUAGGGGAGUAGCUCAAUGGGUCGAGGGUCCCUGGCUUUGAUCUCCAGUACUGCAAAAAUAAAAUAAAAGAUAUACCUGUGCAAGAUACUUCCUGCGUACAGAACUUGCUGGAGUACUGGUGGGAGUCUGCUGGGCGAGUUUGAGUGAGCGAUCAGUGACUGAAUGUGAAGGCCUAGGAUGUUGCUGGACACUGCUGUUGACUUUAUAAACACCUGCACUUAUGUUAUACUAAAUUUAUAAAAAUAAUUUUAUCAGCAAGAAUAAAUUAACCUUAGGUUAGUGUAACUUUGUCACUUAAUAAACAAUUUUUUCAUCUUUUUCACUGUUCUGUAAUAAACACAUAGCUUAAAACACAA